AUAAAUAAAUAAAUAAAUAAAGAAAAGGUAAGUAUACAGGGACGAAAUAGGAAGAACAUAAACAUCAUUGCGCUCUACGAUUCCCACGACGAAAGAGAGUGAGGAGGGGGAAAAAAGGAAAGCGUAUUACUUAUCACCAUAAAUCCUUAGAGUACUGAUGACUGAAACUAAAGAAAAACACUCUGCCAAUACUGAUUCACUCGCCCAGCGCAAUGAAUGGGACGAGGCCACGUGCUCUAUCUGUAUGGACCAUCCACAUAAUGCUGUACUGCUAAUUUGCACUUCUCACGACGAAGGUUGCAGACCAUUUAUUUGCAAUACAAGUCAUAGGCACUCAAAUUGCCUCGACCGAUUCAGAAAAAUGAUUCAGAAAAGCCAACUUUGCGAACCUAAUCCACAAGAAAGGAACAAUGUUGGUGAAUCUGGUAAUGGUAUUGAUACAUUAGUGCAGAACUACUUGAACUGCCCCCUUUGUCGGGGAAAUGUAACAGGCUGGACAGUUAUUAAAGAAGCGCGGCAUUACAUGGACCUGAAAGUUCGGAGCUGCUCUCGUGAAUUCUGUCACUUCUCAGGGAAUUAUGCGGAGCUCCGCAGUCAUGCCAGGCGGGCACACCCUGCUGCGAGGCCUGCUGAUGUGGACGCAUCGAGGUUGCGCACGUGGCGCCAACUGGAACUCCGGAGGGAGCAUGGGGAUGUCCUUAGCGCAAUCAGAUCGGCGAUGCCCGGAGCGAUCGUGCUGGGGGAUUACGUGAUCGACAUCGGAGAUGAGCCUUCGGAGGACUAUCAUUUGGAUGAUGGGAAUGGAGCUUGGUGGAGCACAUUGAUGGACCAUAUGAUCAGUAAUUCAGUUAGCUCGUCUCGGGCCCGGAGGACCCAUCAACAUUCCGCGGUGCACCGAAACUGGAUGGAAAUUGAUGGCGACGACUACGGGAAUCUGGAGAAUAACGAGACUUGGUUGCCAAGAAGGCGUCGUAGAUUCAGAAGAUCGAGAGAGGAGCGGUCGUGAUGCGAUGAUGAAGCUCUUUGUAGUUUUUUGCAUUCGCGAAAUCGUUGUAAAUAUAUUUGUCUCAGAUUUGUUUAUUAAAAAGGUUAGCUUUGUGGACUUAAUACAUUGUUGCAGUUCAAUAGUUCUUCUAUUUGUUUAGGA